AUAGAAAUGAAGUUAAAUCUGUUUAUGAGAGUCGGAACAUGAUAAUAAAUUAGAGACGAAGAGAAUAUGGUAUACGCAAUGCACAAUAAUGUAGUAUUCGUAUACGGCAAUGUAUAAGGACGUGUAGUAUAAAAGUACCCAUGGGAACAUGUUUACUGUUUAGUGAGUUUGGGGCAGACUUUGAGGAGCGACAAGCUGGAAAAUGGAGUAUGGGGAAGAAGAGCCCGUAAGUCCUACCGGACAAUACAUGAGCAGUUCUGUGCUGAAUUUAAUCACACUUGCUUUUUUGGAGUUUCAAGUUCCCAUUGAUGAUCUACAAAUUUUGGAUCUCAUCAAGGAUCAGUUCCUGCCCAUUAAUCCACGCUUUUCCUCUAAGAUGGCAGAAGACGAGAGUGGGCUGAAGAAAUGGAAGCGGGUGGAAGUAGACCUCCAGGAGCAUGUCAAAAUUCCAAAAUUUCCGCCAUCAGAAUUUGUCUAUGAUGAGUAUUUGGAUGAAUAUGUAGCAGAAAUAAGCAUGAAUCCACUCUCAAGAACGAGGCCCCUCUGGGAAAUUCAUGUAAUAAAGUACAAAACAAGCAAUGCAGCAGCAACAGUGAUAUUCAAACUCCACCAAGCACUAGGGGACGGCUAUUCUCUCAUUGGAGCUCUGCUUUCUACACUCAAAAGAGCUGACGAUCCUUCGCUUCCUUUGACAUUUCCGUCCCGUCAAUCGAGCUCGAAGGUGAACCAAAAUAAUGCUGUAAAUAUACUCAAACGGGCGACUAAGGUUUUCUCUGGUAUUGUGGACACUGUGCUGGAUUUUGGAGGUUUUUUGGUUAGGGGUGAAGAUGAUCCGACUCCGAUUCGGUCAGGUAAGCAAGGGGUGGAGUUUCAGCAGUUGGAAUACACUACUCUUACAUUUUCUCUUGAUCAGAUUAGGCAAGUCAAGGACAUCUUGAAAGUGACGGUCAACGACUUGAUAAUGGGAAUAAUCUUGUAUGGGAUUCGAGUGUACAUGAGAGGAGAAAAGCACGAAUCCAUGAAAGCAGCCGCGACAGCAAUGCUGUUGUUUAAUACGAGGAGCGUUGAGGGGGGGUACAAUUCAGUUUCUGAGAUGUUGAAACGUGAUUCAGCAAUGCCAUGGGGAAACCAGAUUACCGCUACUCAUGUUAACAUCCCCAAAUUAAUGGCCAAGACUAAUUCCUAUUCAGAGCUCGAAGAGUUUGUACUGAAAAUACACGAAUCAACCCAAAGAAAGAAGAACUCUUCGGCUAUCUUUCUGACUGGGCUCUUUAUUGAUGGUGUCAGAAAAUUUAAAGGCUCUGAGGCUGCAGCUAGGUUCAUACAUUCGGACAUCAGGAAGUCGAGCCUAGUUUUAUCAAACUUGAUCGGACCAAUGGAACAAAUGGCUUUGGCUGACCACCCUGUGAAAGGCUUGUACUUCACUUUUUCUGGUGCUCCACUGAGUCUAGGCAUGAAUGUUAUAAGUUACAUGGGGAAUUUAAGGGUUGCAAUUGCAUCAGAGAAAGGUUUCAUUGAUCAACUGAAGCUAAAGGCAUGCGUCCAGGAGGCUUUUGAUACCAUCUUUGCAUCUCUUCUUUAGUAAAAUUAACUUGUAAUUGCGUUAUUCGUUUGUUGUUGAAUAGUAACAUAUAUGAUCAGUUUAUGGUCUCCGCUGAGGCGCUGACACCUUCAGAUUUUUGUUGAUUAUAUAGCAUGGUAUGAUAUGAGGGCUCGGUUUUAUAUCA